AUGGAAAGGGCCAACAGCAGCUCCUUGGAGAGCUUUAUUCUGAUGGGUGUAUCUGACCAUCCCCAGCUGGAGAUAAUCUUUUUUGUAGUCAUCCUCUUCUCCUACUUGCUGACCCUUGUUGGGAACUCAACCAUGAUCCUGCUUUCCAGCCUGGAUGCCCGGCUCCACACACCCAUGUACUUCUUCCUCAGCAACUUCUCCUCCCUGGAUCUUGCUUUUACUACUAGCUCAGUCCCCCAAGUGCUGAUCAUCUUGUGGGGAUCAGACAAGACCAUCAGCUAUGGUGGCUGUGUGACCCAACUCAAUGUUUUCCUCUGGCUAGGGGCUACUGAGUGCAUCCUGCUGUUGGUGAUGGCAUUUGACCACUAUGUCAUGGUGUGCUGGCCCCUGCACUACACCACCAUCAUGAACCCCUGGCUCUGCUGGCUGCUGGCUGCCAUUGCCUGUUUGGGUGGCUUGGGCAACUCUGUGGCAACCUUCACUCUGCAGCUCCCUUUGUGAGGGCACCAGAGGGUGGACAGCUUCCUGUGUGAGGUGCCCGCCAUGAUCAAACUAGCCUGUGGAGACACAAGUCUCAAUGGUGUCUGCACCUUCUUCACCACUGUCCCAUUAAGCAUCAUCCUGAUCUCCUACUGCUACAUAGCUCAGGCAGUGCUGAAGAUCCACUCGGCCAAGGGACAGAGAAAGACCUUUAACACGUGCCUCUCUUAUCUGGUGGUGGUAUGGCUCUUUUAUGGCUCAGCUAUCUAUGGGUAUCUGCUUCCAGCUAAGACCAGCAACCAGGACAAAUUCAUUUCCCUCUUCUACUCUGUGGUCACAUCCAUGGUGAACCCUCUCAUUUACACUCUGAGGAACAAGGAGGUGAAGGGGGCGCUGAGGAGGCUGCUGGGGAAGUGA